CACAGAUCAUGGGUACACCCAAUGAUGCACUGGAAAUGUCUAGAAACAUUGUUGGCUGGGUUUAAAGCUUCGUGAUGCAGUGAACGGAGUUAGGUUCUAUAAAUAUAAUGUUUAAAGAUUUAGUUUUAUAUUAGUAUUAUAAAGGUCACCCAGGUUGAUGUAAAAUCGAAAAGCUGUCUAAGAAAGACAUAUUGGUGCAUGAAAGAUUUAUUGAAAGACACUUUUGUGUCUGUAAAACACAACCACUAUUAUUUGUCUACAUACAAAUCUUUUCGUUAUACAAGACAGAAAACGGCAACAAAAUAAACUGAAAACCUCAAUAAGAAGCCACAUUCAGCAACAUUGUUGUCUUACUUAAAUGGAAGUCUUCUUCAGUUAACAAUGAGUCCUCUUGUGUGGUGCCUCCCUUAUGUUGCUAUACAGACGGCAGUCCUCCUAACAGAGAUAAGAGAAAAUCUGGCCCUUUAAUAGCAUGAGUUCCGUAGUCCUCAAGAUAAAACAGACCCACUAUCAACUGCAAGACAUUGUGAGAUGAGCCUAAUGGAACUAACCGAACAGUGUGAAGUGGGUGUGAAGUAACCUCAGAGACAAGCUGGAAAUCACAAUCCUUCCAACAAAUGAUUACAUGAUGAAAUAUUGAAGGAAGAUCUUGUAGUUCACAUGGAUAUGUUUGGGGGUGUUGAAUUACUUAUUCUAGCUGCUCGAGUUAGAGAUUUUCAAUACGAAUCUGAAUAAAUAAAAACUGUUAUAAAUUUUUGUUUAUUUGUUUAUUUAUUUGUUUAUUUAUUAACACAUUAGUUAACAUACAUAUAUUACUUACAACAAGUGUAUCAAACAUUACAUACUGGCACAAAAUAUUAGGCCCCUUCUGGCAUCUUUCUUUCCCACUCCCUCUCUCUCAAGCACAGUCUGAUGUCAGAGUUCUGGACCUGACCAUGUAGGAAGAGUCCAACAAAAAGAAGGGGUUGAGAACGGCUCACACACCCUCUUAUAUCCCCAGCACUAUACACAGUCCUGUGGCGCACACACAUCAGAUCUCAAUCUCAUCUCAAAUGCACUAAAAAUGCUCUGCUGGGAUUUGUGUUUAGUUCUGCUGCUCAAUGACUUCUCAGUGUGGGCUCUGCCUUCAACUAACAUCAAGAUCACACAAGCACUGCCCCUACAACUAUCAGACUUGAACCAGCCCGUUACAUGUCCACUUUUCUGGACUGAAUUUGAAGGCUACUGCUACCGUUUUUUCCCUCUGAACCGGACCUGGGCUGAAGCAGAUCUUUACUGUGCAGAGUUUUCCAAUGGACACAAAUCAGCCAAGCUCGCCUCCAUCCACAGCUGGGAAGAAAACGUGUUUGUGUAUGACCUCGUGAAUAGCCGUGUACCAGGAAUUCCAACAGACAUUUGGAUUGGCCUUCAUGAUAGGAGACAGGCACUUUGGAGUGGACAGAUGGGUCACCUUAUGAAUACAGUUACUGGGACGGAAACCAGCCAGAUGAUGGCAUUCAUCGAAUCCCAGAGGAGGAGGAUUGUGUGGAGAUCUGGUACAGACAAAACAGUGGUUUAAGGUCUUGGAAUGACAAUAGUUGUGCUAAAGCUUUUCCAUUCGUAUGCAAGAUCCCCUCACUGGAAAAUUAACUUUUCACCACAUCACAGACUUUAUAUUUAGUUCUUUACAGUCAUUAUGACAUCACAACAUCCCUCAGUCACAGUAAAGCAAGGACGUUUUCCUCUCAUCUUCAUCCCUGCAGUGAUGAUGGACUCCCUUCAGCUUCUCAGCUGCACUUUACUUCAAUUUCAAGCCCCAUCCGUGUUGUCAUAGCACUGUUCAUAUGGGAGUUGUUAGACCGUGUGUGAGUCAUGACACAGAGACAUUCCUCCAUUCCAGUCUUUUGGAAAUUACACGUUUUCUUCCCUGUAGAGUUUCUAUUGAUUACCCAUGUUGAUAUUGGAUAUUGAUGUUAGUGCUAUUGUUGAAUAUUACGUAUCAGUCAGUUCCUGCACCGGUCUCGAUACAGAUAGUGAGUUACACCAAAGGAGUUCUAGAGAGUUUAGAAGAGCACUGAACCGGUGAAUGUUUUCAAUAAGAACUAAGCUCCACGCCCUUUACCAGAUGCCUGCUCAUGAUGUAAGGACAUAAUUGCUUGUAUAUGAUGGUUAUUAUGAAAUGUCUUCUCAUCAUGAUUUACAUGCGUUUUUAAAGUGUGACAAACAUUGAGAGAAUAUGUGUAUUUGUGCAAUGUUUCCAAAGUCUGGAACUGGUCUAGCAUCCAGAGUGCUAUCUGUACAUUGAUCUAAAACUGCAUAAGAUAGUGUAAGAAUUCAGAUUUUUUGUUGACUGCAGAGCUUCAAAAGCCAGAAAGAGCUUAACCUUAGCCUGGCAGAUGACCUUUCAUGCUUUCUUUCUAUCUUAUGGAUCAUGCCAAUUAAGGAUCAGAAAAUCUGUUCCUUGUGCACACAGCUCGGUAAGUUAAACAACUUGAUGAACCUACAUUGUAAUGAUUGGCCUCCUUUCUGAAUUUAAAUCAAACAGGCCACACCCACAGGAUGCUGAAAUGAGAGUAAAUAUCAUUGGUCUAGCAAAAGUGUUGCUUUAAAGGGAUACUUCACCCAAGAAUUAAAAUUCUGUCAUCAUUUACUAACAUUUGAGUUGUUCCAAAUGUGUAUAAACUUCUUUGUUCUGAUGAACACAGAGAAAAUAUUUGGAAUAUUGCUUAUGACUAAACACCCAUUGACUACCAUAGUAGGAAAAAAACACCCAAACUACAAAGAAUUUCUCUUAGUUUUUGUAGAGUUCAGUAGAAAUGAAAGCUUGGAUUUAUAUAGCUAUAGACUUACACUCUAAAAAACCUGUAAAAAUAGGGCACACCACACUGUUUUAAUAUGAAGGAAUGUUCUAUAUUAAUUUUUACCGUUGUUUUACCUGUAUUUUACAA